AUGGCGCGUUAUAACCUGGGGCCGAGACCACUUCGACUGGGGCUCGUUUGGCUCGUUCUGAGCGUCCUACACGGAAAUGUCCGGUGUCUUAACGGCGACGAGGACCAAAACCAGGACACCGAUUGCAAGACGAAGAGUGUCACCGUAUCCGCGCUGCCCUUUUUGAGGGAAAACGACCUGAGCAUCAUGCAUAGCCCGUCAGCCUCUGAACCGAAGCUUCUCUUUUCCGUUCGAAAUGAUUUUCCUGGAGACGUCGUGGUAGUGGACGACUUGGAAAACACCGAGCUCCCAUUUUUCGUCCUCGAGAUUUCCGGGAAUUCAGAGGACAUCCCUUUGGUGCGAUGGAGGCAGCAGUGGCUAGAGAACGGAACUUUGCUCUUUCACAUACACCACCAGGAUGGCAGCCUUAGCCUCCCUGAACCAACUGAAGACACAGCAAACACCUCAACAAAGGAGGAGCUCCGCAUUCUGCAUAUCUCAGUGAUGGGUGGGAUGAUUGCCCUUCUGCUGUCCAUCCUGUGUUUGGUUCUCAUCCUGUACACCCGCCGACGCUGGUGUAAACGCCGCCGGAUCCCCCAGCCUCAGAAGAGUGCCAGUGCUGAGGCAGCUAAUGAGAUCCAUUAUAUCCCCUCAGUGCUGAUGGGAGGCCAGGCCCGAGAGAGCUUGAGGAACUCGCGGGGUCAGGGGCCAAACUCCAGUGGUACCCUCAGUAUCAGAGAAACUCCAAUUCUGGAUGGGUACGAGUAUGACAUUACAGACCUGCGUCACCAUCUGCAGCGAGAGUGCAUGAACGGCGGUGAGGAAUUUGCAAGUCAAGUCAGUCGAACCCUUGACUCCCUGCAGGGCUGCAAUGACAAGAAUAAUAUGGACCUAACUCCUGUGAGUGAUACCAAGUUGGCCCUGAUGAACAAAUAUAAAGACAAUAUAAUUGCUACCAGUCCAAUCGACAGUAACCACCAGCAGAACACCUUGCUUCCACACAACACCUCCACCAGCCAGCGCAAGCGUCUUUCCAGCAACAAUCGCUCAGGUUCAAAUUUCUUGAACCCAGACGGAGACUCUGGCACUGAGGCUGACAGCGAGCCUCAGCUGGCUUUUUAUACUGACCCAAACCGCAGUCGACGCCGGAGUCGAGGUAUGAGAAAUGGUAACGCCAACAGCGCAUGGGGCUCAGGGGCAGGUUCCCCGCGGAGUCCUAUCAAUAAGACCACACUAACUCUAAUCAGUGUCAUCAGCUGUGUGAUGAGCCUGGUAUACUGCUCUCACAUAUCCUGCAGCCUCUCUGUACGUGUAAUCCUCCAUGUGCCAGAGCACCUAAUCGCUGACGGGUCAAGGUUUAUUUUGCUGCAGGGAAGUCAGUUGGAUGCGUCUGACUGGCUGAACCCAGCACAAAUCUUGCUGUACUAUCAGCAGAAUGCCAGUGGGCCAUGGGUGAAUGAACUGUGUGGGCGACGCCUGCUGGACCCUUGUGAGCACCAGUGUAAUCAAGAAACAGGGGAAUGUAUUUGCCUAAAUGGCUACAUGAAGGAUCCUGUCCACAAGCACCUCUGCAUCCGUAGUGAAUGGGGACCUAAUCAGGGGCCUUGGCCUUACACUAUCUUUCAGCGUGGUUUUGAUCUUGUGAUGGGAGAACAACCUUCUGAUCGCAUUUUCAGAUUCACGUAUACCUUAGGAGAAGGGAUGUGGCUGCCCUUAAGUAAAAGCUUUGUGAUCCCACCUGCGGAGCUUGCCAUCAACCCCUCUGCUAAAUGCAAGACAGAUAUGACAGUUAUGGAGGAUGCUGUGGAUGUAAGGGAAGAAUUGAUGAUCAGCUCUUCCUUUGACUCCUUGGAAGUUCUUUUGGACUCAUUUGGACCUGUCAGAGACUGCACCAAAGACAAUGGAGGCUGUAGCCGUAAUUUUCGCUGCAUAUCUGACAGAAAACUUGACUCAACUGGAUGUGUGUGCCCCCCAGGGUUGAGUCCUAUGAAGGAUGGAAGUGGAUGCUAUGACCACCACAUUGGUAUUGAUUGCUCUGAUGGGUUCAAUGGAGGUUGUGAGCAGCUGUGUCUUCAGCAACUGGCUCCUCUGGAAGACGAUCCAACUCUUUACAACAUUCAGAUGUUCUGCGGCUGUAUUGAGGACUACAAGCGGGGGCCAGAUGGGAGAUCUUGCCUGCCGUUAUCUGAUGUCUGCUCAGACGGAGUAGACUGUGCUGAAGCUACGGACAUUCCAGCUAAUCAGACUGUGUUUGGUGACCUUUUUUAUGGAUACAACAAUCAAACCAAAGAAAGCACCUCUGGGCAAAUCCUCAAGGCCACAUUCAGACAAAAAAAUUUUGCUCGAGGUAUCGAGCAGCAACUUCCAGACGGAAUGGUGGUGGCAUCUGUGCCAACAGAAGUUCAGUGUCACGAGGACCUUUUAGACCCUGUGCCAGACCCAGAAUACCUCACAGGCAUGGUGAACUACAGUGAAGUCUCUGGCUACCCACUAGUGCAGCGUUGGAGUCUUCGCUCUGUUCUCUACCAUGUCAAACUCAAUCAGUGGGUCUUAUCUCAAGCCUUCAGCUCAGCGAUCCAUUCACUGGAUGGAGCAACACAGCGGAGUGACUUUGUAUCCAUCUUAAAAGAGUUUGGGAACCACUAUGUGCAGGAGGCCAUGUAUGGGUUCCAAGAGUCCUGUACAAUUUGGUACCCCAACAAGCAAGUUCAGAGACAACUGUGGCUUGAAUACCAGGACAUCAGCAAAGGCAACUCACCUUCUGAGGAAUCAGAGGAGCAUGACAAGGAACCUAGGACUUUGACGUACCCUGCAUACAUUGCUAGCCUGCUGGACGCAGGAGCCAAGCGGAUGGCAGCCGGGGUCAGGAUGGAUUGCACCAGCCAGGGCCAAUGCCCUCGUUCAUGCCAUCUCUGCCAUAUGAGCCCGAGGGCAGCUCAAGGGAGACAGCAAUCCGAGCCUGUUCUAUUGCAAAUCACUAAGGCAACGCCUAUCUAUGAAUUGGUGUCCAACAACGAGACAUACCAGGCUCUUCAAGAGGCAAUGAUGAGCAUGCUGUGGUGUUCAGCGAGGGGAGACGUAAUUGAUGACUGGUGUCGGUGUGAUUCCAGUGCCUUUGGAACCGAUGGACUCCCUACUUGCGCACCACUUCCUCAACCAAUGCUGAAACUGUCCUACACUUAUGAGCCAAGUAGCUCAUUACUCAUCAUGGAAUGGAACCACACAGAGCCGCCUAUUGGUGUUCGGGUCAUUGAUUAUCUCAUUAGCCAAGAAAAGGUGACUGAGAGGACCGACCACUCGAAGGUUGAGACAGAAACGCUGUUGAGCUUCGUGGAUGACAUCUUGUCUGGUGCCAGGUCUCCAUGCGUGAUGUUGGGAGACAUCCCAAACCUCCUGUCAUCAUCUGUCAGCAUGAUUGUACGCUGUCUGGAGCCUGAUACCACUUAUAUGUUCCGGCUAUGGGCAGUUGACAACACCGGGCGCCGCUCCAGCCCGAGUGAGGUCACCAUUAAAACCCCAUGUCCAACUGUGGAUGACGUCAAGGCUCAAGAAAUUGCUGAUAAAAUCUAUAACCUGUUUAAUGGGUACACCAGUGGGAAGGAGCAACAGACAGCAUAUAAUACUCUGAUGGACCUAGGUGCCCCAGCUCUUCAUCGAGUCCUCUAUCACUACAAUCAGCGCUACGAGAGCUUCGGAGAGUUUACCUGGAGGUGUGAAGAUGAGCUAGGGCCCAGGAAGGCUGGCCUCAUUCUCUCACAGUUAAAUGAACUGUCCCCCUGGUGUAAAGGCCUUCUUCAGGAGCCCAAGAUUGGACUUCGCAGGAUGUCUCUCAAGUUCCUUUCGUGUCGCUACACUGACACCAAGGCUUUUGGGAUGAACUGGGCAGAUAUGGGCCAGGACGUGCACAAGGCGUGUGAUGAGCAAAUACUCACAGUCAUGUAUAAUGACUAUGGUGAGCCCAAGGAGAUCUAA